AUGGCUCCCCAAGCGGAAGGGGGGAUAACCAACACAACCGCUCACUUGGUCCAACCAACCUCUGCACUAGCUCAAUUAAACACGACAUUCCCUCCCACCACCUCCUCGAAUCACUCCUCAUUCUCAACAACCUCUUCACUAUCAUCAAAUGAAACACAUCCAAGCACGACUGUCGCAACCGUCACAUCCGUCACAACAACACUCUUUUUCGGAACAACUGCUUCCUCCGUGGUCAUCGAAGUCCCCGCUGGCUCCAUAUUCACCUCUCUCCCAACCUCCACCCCUCUUCCCGUAGAAGCAUCCUCCUCGCAUCUCUCCACCUGGAAGACCUUCCUCGUCGCGUUCUUCACAAUCGUGUUUUUCUUCCUGUUUCUGCGACUUGGCCUAUACUUUCUCGUACGGAGAGGAGCCACCACGAUGGAAAGAUGGCCACAUUGGCUACAGGUGUUGUGUUGUUAUAGGCUGCCAGAGGAUGACGAGGAUGACUUUGUGGAUGAGCCACGCCUCAUGCGACAGUCAUACUUCGAUGGCGGCGCCUAUUCUGAGGCAUCCCGAGCCCAAGCACUUGCUCUCGUUCGGGAGUCUUCUGCCAGUCACUGGAGGAAUCGUGUGCGAACAAGACCAAUGUCCCCAUCGCAAGAUGAUCCCGUACCACCAUACCCUGGGCCACCGCUUACGCCCUUGGACAAUCCGUUUGGGGAUUCUUCUGCAGUAUCUGUGAGCGGGAGCGGUGCAGAAGAUAGUCAAGUUGAGAGUAAGGAGAGUGAAAGUCCUGUGCGACCGAGUGGAUCCACGCGCCCACCACCAUCCUGAACCUUGUCAUUCUUUUGCUUGGGACUCUGUAGUGAAAAGCACGUUCCUUUGUUGUGUGUAUGUCAAUGCUGUAUACUAGAAUAAGUGCAAUCGAGGUCAUUACGUUAAGCAAG